CGAAAAUUGAAAUUACUUAAGGAAAAAUGAAUUUUUCACCAUUUGGUAAUCCAUUUCCCGGUACCAUACCGGGUAUAGCACAAUUUACCACCACAACAACACCAUUGGUAUCCACGGCAACGUCCGAUGCGGCGGCGGCCGUGGCCACGGUUACCUCAACGGCAACAUUGCAACAGCAGCAACAGGACAAUGCCGCAGCUGCUGCUGUGGUGGCGGCCAGCAAUCGUUAUCAGCAGCAACAACAGCAGCAGCAACAACAACAGCAGCAGCAACAACAACAGCAACAAAGUACCUCUACAAUUAGUAUGACCCAUUUCAAUCAGCCUGCCAUACAAGUUGCUACCGCCACUGCAUUGCCAGCGAAGUUCCGCACCAGCAACGAUGGUGUGGAUGGUGACAAAUAUAAUGGGCACAUGGUUACCCUGACAACGACGGGUACGCCGGGCUCGGCCAGUGGUAAUCAACAACAGCAGCAACAGGCCCAACAACAGCAACAACAACAAACCACACAAUAUACCGCCACCAUACCCGCCUACAAUCAACAAACCGAAGACAAACGUUUGGUCCAAGCAGCCAUUGCCUAUCCCCAGAGUACAAUAACAGCUUCCACAUCGGCGGCGGCCGCUGCCACAGCCUUAGGUUUACAACAGGCCCAAUUGCAGCCGGGCACAUCGUCGCAAACGACACAGUUGCAGGCACAGCUGACGGCGCCGCAGGAGUUAACUCAGGAUCUCUGCAAUGCGAUAUUGCAACAACAAGGUGUGGAUUCAAAACGUGUGUUACAAAAUACCUCAUGGCAAUCGCUGACGCCCGGCACCACAGUUGCCGAUUAUCUGUCACAUCUUCCGGCCAAUACGUUGCCACUGUCGUUGCAUCAUUUUCUAAAAUAUUCCGCUGAAAAUAUUAAAAAAGAAAAUCAAAAUGUAGUACAAACGGGACCACCGCUCGGUUUGAAUACCAUAACGGGGGCGACGACCAUAACGAUACCUCAGCAACAGCUGCAACAAGUUACCGCAACGUUGCAAGACCAACAACAACAGCAGCAACAACAACAACAAACACAACAACAACAGCAACAGGCUACCACAAGUGGCACAGCUACUGCAACAGGGCAACCCCAAGCCACCACUUCCACCAGCACUGGCACGACCAGCAAACGCAAGAAGCGAAAAAAGCGCGUCAAGGAACGCAAACCCAAACCACGGCCCGGCGAAGUUCGUCUAAUCACCGCCCUAGACGGCAGCCCCCUCUACAUGUGUCCCGAAUGUCAAGUCUGCUAUCCGGAACCUGAACUGCUGGAAAUCCAUCUGGUGGGCCACAAUGCCGAACGCCGUUAUAUCUGUGAUAUUUGUCAAGCCACCCUCAAGCGUAAAGACCACUUGACCCGACACAAGCAGUCACAUAAUCCCGAACGGCCCUUCAUCUGUACCGUUUGCCUGAAGGCAUUCAAGCGAAAAGAACAGCUGAGCCUGCAUUUUGUCAUUCAUUCGGGUGAGAAGCGCCAUUUGUGUCAGGAAUGUGGCAAAGGUUUCUAUCGCAAGGACCAUUUGAGGAAACACACCCGAUCGCAUAUAGCAAGGCGGGUCAAAGCGGAGCUCACGUUGCAAAAUGAAAGUGAAAAUGGUACAAGUAUGUUGCAACCGGUUGCGGGGGCAUUGGCGGCGGUACAGGCAACGUUGCAACAAGUUCAGCAACAACAGCAGCAACAACAACAACAGUCACAAACUCAACAACAACAACAGCAGCAGCAACAACAGACCUCACAAACUCAGCAGGUGCAACAGAUACAAACCCAACAACUACAACAACAUCAUGUGGUAGUCACUCAGCAGCAGCAACAACAACAGCAGCAGCAGCAGAAUCCUCAGCAACAAAUGCAAAUGCCUAAUUAGCCCCCACCUGGUGGUGGGGGAGGCAGUGUCACACAACAGGAAUUUUGUAAAGUUAGUUAGUGUUGUUU